AUGGAAUCAAUCGUGUAUGAGAACUCGCCUUUGGCCGACUAUUUGGAAGGGGAGGGUGGAAACGAAGAAAGUUGGCCCGUGGAGGAGAAUCAGAGCGACGAUGAUCAUACCCGUUCCUCCGACUUCGCCCCUCGAGGGGCUUCCAAAUUUCAGGAUCGCGUUAGAAACAAGCUACCGAAGCCUCUCAAUCUACGAGGCACACCGCAGGGGGAACUCAUCGGGAAACUAUAUGGCUCUUGCUCAUCCGCCCUGAACGUCCGACUACCACGAAGCGAUAAUAAACGAUUUUUGGAACAAUUUGGCUACGUCAUUGUCGCAUCGCAACUGUUGAACGAACACAGCGCUCCUUCCUACACUUCUGCUGCAGAUGUCUUAUCUGCAAAACAACCUUCGGAUCUUCCGUCGCUAUCUACAACUUUUGGGGUUCAAGGCGCCAUUGUCACAGCUGCCACAUCAUUUUCUAUCGCUUGGUUGCUACAUUGGAGCCGUUCGAGGACUGGGUCGGGAUUCAGUCUCAAGAAAGUUGGAGUGCUAUUGAUACUUGUGCCCGCUGUCGGUGUCUUUUUCUAUGCUUUCGCAAAACGGCAAUGGUUGAAAUAUCUCCGGCACCAGGCUGUUGAGGCAGCUGGCGCUUUCAUUGGAAACGCCCAGGGGUUUGAUUCUGCUGCGUCGGCUUCUGUGGUUUUUAUCCAGGAGGUUGAGCUUGUGUCAAGAGGCUAUCGGAUAAGCACUCCUCUACCGCCCAUCAGUCGGCUGGAAGAUCUAGUACAAACGCGACGAUGCUUGAGAUUGCGCCGAGCGGUUUCCGAAUGCUUCUACUCCAUGCUCGAGCGAUAUAUUCAAUCCCAAAACACCUUACGCCCACUUACCGAUGAGGGCGAUCUUGCGAAGUAUUACGACAUUUAUGACAUUGGACUGGAAGAACUCGAAGCGGUUGAGGCGUCCCUGUCGCAGCGAACUAACGAAGACCAGUAUUCAUUGCGCUCUCUAAGGGAUCUAUUUGGAAAACUGUACAGUGUGAGAAAAAGCGUUCUGUGCUGCUUGCUAGCCCUUAGCGCCGAUGGGGGUGGCUCCGAUAUUACACGGUGGAGUUCAGCUGUCGAGGAAAUGCGUGAGCUAGCUGCGGCCACCGGCAACAGCAUGCUGAAAAUGACAGCAAUCUUAAAUGAGGAGGACCGUGAUAUCAUUCCUCCAUCUCCAUUACCUUCCGCCUCACCAAGCAAGGAUCACCUGCGUGCUCAAUUUCGACGGCUCACCUCUUUGUCACAAGGGGUCCGUGCCUUGCAUGCUAAAAUGCACAUUGCCAGCGAGGAGUCACAUGCCAAUCUAGAACGCGCAGAUCCUGAGUUCGAAGCAACCCUCCUCUCACAAUAUGAUUCGGUUGGAAAUGAUCUUAGGGCUCUUCUUCACGAAUGGGAAACUGAAGCCACACUCUUUCCUCUUCUAUUUCCCUACGACUCAGUUAAAAAAAAAUCCCCACACAAAACGAUCAAGAUGUUGGAAGCACGAUUGGAACAGGCAAGCCUUCUGAAGCGCGUCGUCGACGCCAUUAAGGAUCUUGUCCAGGACUGCAACUUCGAUUGCAAUGACUCCGGAAUCGCCCUCCAGGCCAUGGACAACUCGCACGUUGCUCUAGUUUCCAUGCUACUCCGUGCCGAGGGCUUCUCUCCCUACCGCUGCGAUCGUAACAUCGCCCUCGGUAUCAACUUGCUCUCCCUGACCAAGGUCCUCCGCGCCGCCCAGAAUGAAGACAUCCUGACCCUCAAGGCUGAGGACUCGCCCGAUUCCGUCAACUUGAUGUUCGAGAGUCCAGACACAGACCGACUGACCGAGUAUGACAUCAAACUCAUGGAUAUUGACCAGGAGCAUCUGGCCAUCCCUGAGACUGAGUACUCCGCCAGCGUGGAGAUGCCUUCUGCUGAGUUCCAGCGCAUCUGCAGAGAUCUCAACGCGAUGUCCGAGUCAGUCGUGAUCGAGGCCAGCAAGGAGGGUGUCAAGUUCUCCUGCCAGGGUGAUAUCGGUAAUGGAUCCGUCACCAUCCGCCAACACACCAACGUCGACAAGCCAGAGCAGAACGUCGUCAUUAACCUCUCCGAACCCGUCGCCCUGACCUUCUCCCUCAAGUACCUCGUCAACUUCUGCAAGGCUUCCAACCUGUCUUCAUCUGUCGUGCUGCACCUCUCUGAUGAAGUGCCUCUGCUUGUGGAGUACGGUCUGGGAAGUGGCCACCUGCGAUUCUACCUCGCUCCUAAGAUCGGCGACGAAGACUAA